AAAAACCGAAGCUGAUUUAUCAUGCAUUUAUAUUGCUGAAUGAAUAAAUAUGGUCAAUACAUUAUUUCGAUGAGUCUUUUUGAUAUUUGAAUCAUCCAUAGAUUAUGGUGAUAGAAAAAGAUUGCUAUAUACUGGUGUUGAUUCAUUAUCAUUCUCGUACAUUUCCAGUGACGGAGGCAAUGUUUAUAGUUUUAAAGAUAGUACCUCUGCAUGAAGAAGUUGAAUCUCAUCAUCCUGUGAAAAAUCAGCAAUGUUGGAGUUUGCCGAAAAUGUGCGAGAUCGACUGCUUGAUUCUGUGUUCCUUCCAAGUGAUGUUUCAGAAUGUGACCGCGACGCUCGGCCAGAACCAUCUAUGUGCAUAAAACAAUGAAAUUAUUUCACAGAAAUCUUUGAUAAAAUCUCAAAUACCUGCUUUGUCCCAAUGAAUAGGUACGGCACCUUUAGCCAAUAACGUCUUUCCUUCUAGGUAAGUGAUUGGCCGUUCCAGAUGUAACGAAAUUUCAUUUUCUAGACUUUUGCGCCCUCUAUUUCGGCAACCAGUGAGCAGAUAAUGAUGAAAUUUUUACCGAAGACGUAGAGUCAGACGGCCAAAAAAAUUGGAGUCUAUUUCAUUGAAUCUGUCAGACUUUACAGCCAAAAUACAGGUCGUAAUGGAAUUUCUAAAAAUGGAAGCUUUUUUCUAGGGCUGUUCGAAGUUUGUUCUUUGCUCUGAACGGAGACAUCCUGAAAAGAAGCGCUUGAUGUGAAAGUUGUAGAGAAAUAUUCAGGCUUUCACAAUAUCUAUUUUGUUUUCUCCCUAGACGCCUAAAUCAUAUAAAAAAGGUAGAAUACAUCCGUAACGGAAUUUCAUGCUGUUUUUGGUUCUUUCAAAUCAGAAGGUUAAACUCCAUUACAAAAUCAUCAUAGAAAAAUAUUUCCGAUAGCAGUAGACAGUAUCUGAUCUGAUGUUUCUGAUGCACUGUAGAAAAACGUUUUGAAAUCGCUUUGGCUUGGAGAAAAAACCGUCUCAAAAGUUGAUCUUUCGAAAAACCAACUUUCUCGGAAAGCACCUAAACUCAAAAGUAAAUACACCAUAUUUAAUUCUCUACAAAAUGCCAUAUCUCUCAAUUUUUUCGCGAAAAUAUCUAUGUCAAGAAAUAAAAAAUAAAAUUUAGAUUUCAUUUUUUGAGGACAAAAUUUAAUUUUUUGGAAAUUUUAAGUUGAUAUUCGAAAUCAGCUUCAAAAACUACGUUAGACGAUGUGCUUCACAAAUUCCUAAAGUUAAAAAAAAUUUUUGAACCAUCUUAAGUGAAGGUGACGGGCCGUGAUAUCACUGAUGAAGAAAUGUUCACUACAUACACGUUCUGAUUUGUUAUAAGCUAUUUAUUGAAAGAAAGAAAUUCAUGUACUUGUGUCCACCAAAAGAGAGAACGAGUCCCCAUUAGUAUUGAUGGUGACACAUGGAACAUAGGUCAAUUCAAAAAGAUAAAACAGCUGAGUGAAGAAGAAAUUCGUUCUGAUUUUGUCACACUAAGAUCAUUAAAAUUGAGAGACAAAAUAUCACAGCAUUUUUGUAAUACUACAGGAUCAGUUGGCAGGCGAAACAAGGCAACUUUGCGUCGGCCUUUGCCAACGUCACCGAACUUUUUUCGACAACCAACAACUAUACAACUAUAGUUGUACAGUUAAAAAAGUGUGGAUCAAGUCGAAACGUCAGGCUUGUAACUCUCUUUUAAGAAUAAACGUAGAUCUUAUCGUUGCUUCUUUUUGUUUCAAGAUCUCUUUUUAGAGCAACGGCCAGAACAGUUGAAUAUAAUAUGCAAUUUUCUAUAAUCGUACGAAUCCUUUUGAGGUUUUUCAUACUUUAAGGAGCUGUAAUAGGAUUUCUGGCAAUAUAUUGAAAAGAGCAACUAUUUUUACAUGUACGUGGUCAGAGUAAAGCAGAACAAGUAGCUCAAGAAUUAGAACAAGAAGCACAUGUUAUCAGUAAUGGGAAAAUAAUUGGUUACAAUUUAGAUUUAUCUAACCUUUCUGUAGUAAAAGAUUUUGCUGAUAAAAUUCUUGAACAUGAACAACAUGUGAAUACAGUACAUAUGCUGCAUUCAUUGGCAUCUGAUGGAUUAGAAGUACAAUUUGCAUAUGGUCAAUCAAAAUUAGCUCAAAUAUGGCAUACAUGUGAAUUACAACAACGUUACGGUCAACAAGAUAUAAAUGCAUAUUCGGUACAUCCUGGACUAAUUUAUCCAGAAAUAACACGUCUUCAUUCAUCGAAAAUAUUUACAUUGAUUUAUCGAUUAAUGUUGUAUAUAGUUGAAAAAUCAAUAUAUCAAGGUAUACAAACAAGUUUAUAUUGUUCAUUGUCCGAUCAAGCUAAACCAGAAAAAUUUCAUGCCGACUGCAAAGAAGCUAAACCAAGUGCAUUGGCUUAUAACAAAAAAUUAGCCGAAGAAUGUUGGCAUAUAAUUCAUGAAGAACAGCUUAUUGCAGCUAAACAACGAUAUGAAAUAACAAAAGAUAUUGAAAGUUAUAAACAUUCAACACGAAGAAAAGCUCACGGUUCUUUACAUGAACAUGAAAAAUCAAACAAUGAUACUGAUUCUGAUUGA